GACGUCACGGAGUGGUGGCUGUUCCUUCUCUUGUAGUUGUCUACGGAGCCUUCCAGGCAUGUUUCCUGCUCGAAAUAUGGGGUGAAAACCAAAGUCUGCUCUCUCUAAUCGGGGCGUCUGUCUCCUGUGCUUACCAUGGAUUCGGGCUGGGCUCAGUUCCGCGUUCUUUAUAACUUUGAACCGCGGGAUGAACGGGACAUCGCUAUUCAAGAAGGUGAUAUUAUGAUUGUGGCGAAACCAGUCAUGGAUAUGUCGGGCUGGUUAACUGGAGAAAACACUCGUACAAAAGACGUUGGAGAGUUUCCUGGUACAUAUGUGGAGUACAUUGGUGAUGUAGAAGAGCUUCCUGAACCAGCGAAACCUCCCACUCCGCCUCCGAGACCUCCACGGAGAAGGUUGACCGUGGGAAGCAACGCACCAACAAGGCAGGAGUCUAACGAUGAGAGUGGAGGCCAUUCCCUGUCUGAGACCACGGCAAUGAGACCGGUUUGGUGUUGCCAGUGUGAAGAUUUCAUAUGGGGAGUUGGAAGUCCAGCUUACAGAUGUUCAAUGUGUGAUUUGGCAUGGCAUCCUCAGUGUGUUGUGGAAUUAGUGAAGUUUCCUUGCAAGAUUCACAAAAGCAAAGACCAGGAUGUGGAGGAAGAUGAAUAUAUAAAACUUUUCACAAAUCUUGACGAGUGGGAAGUUAAUGAUGUUUUGAUGUGGCUUGCUGCAACCAGAAACUACCAAUAUGCUGAGAUGUUCAGAGAAAAUGAGAUUACCGGACCCGAGUUACGUCAACUGACAGACACAAAACUUAGUGAGAUGAAUAUUACAGAUGCUUUUCACAAGCAGUCCCUUUUGUUUGCUGUUAAAGAACUUUUCCAUGGAGAUUCUCCAGUGAGAAAUUCAGAAGUAUUUAGUGGACUUCAGGCAGCCAAAAGAGGUUCCAAAGGAGGUCAUUUAUUUAAAGAGCAGACUUUUACCUCUCUGCAUUGGUGUGAUAAGUGCGGCAAGUGUCUUUGGGGACUGCAUCGUCAAGGGGUUCUGUGUUCAGAGUGUGGCUAUCAAUGCCAUAGAAAGUGCAUGUUUGACACUAUUGCUGUGUGUCCGAGGAGAAGAGUUAGAGUGCGAAGAGAAAGCGAUGCAGAUGUUCCAGUAUUUGGAGCAGAACUUGGUGCACAGUUUCGUCCAGCUGAGAAACCAGCACCAACUAUAGUCAUGAAAUGCGUCCAGGCUAUCGAGAGAGGACAUUUAUUAAGGACGGUGGGAAUCUACAGUAUUGUACCAUCAGGAAGUGAAAAGAACGCUCUGAAGACGGCAUUAAAUCAGAGUGCGAAGAAUGUGAACAUGGAUGACGAGGAAUGGAGAAGUCCUCAUUGUGUUGCGACAGUGCUUAAGAUGUAUCUAAAUGAACUUCCAACCUGUCUGUUUACCGAAGAAAAAUAUUUUUCUUUCGUCAAAAUGUUCAGGGAUGAGAACAGAGAUGCCGUUGGCACGAGACUCAAAGAUUUGGUUGCAAAUCUACCUCAUGAAAACAAAUCUCUUUUAAAUUAUCUGUUGCGACAUUUCUACAAGGUCAGCCAAAGUGUUGAGUGGAAUGACAUGUCCUCCAGGAAACUAGCAGCUACCUUUGUUCCCAUCCUGUUACGGCCGACCCAUCAGUAUAUAAUGAAACUGGUUGAGGACCAUGACAUCACAGUAGGAAUUAUUGACUUUCUCAUAACCAAUGGAGAGUGGACAAGAGAGGUGACGCCCCCAGUGCCCCCUAGAUCAGCACGACCACCUUCUUUGGGCACCCCGGCAGAGGAGAGGUCCGCCAAGAGAUUGCAGGAUUGCCCCUGGUAUUGGGGUGAAAUAAACAAAGAAACAGUCAGUGAGAGAUUAAAAGAUCAGGAAGACGGAGUAUUUAUCGUUCGGGACUCGCGACGGUUUCCGGGAGAGUAUACACUGACCUUGAGGAAAGGAGGGUUGAACAAACUGAUCCGUAUUCUGCACAGAGAUGGCUACUACGGGUUUUCAGAACCGCUCACAUUUCCAUCUGUGGUUGAUCUCAUCAACUAUUACGAGAAAAGAUCGCUGGCAUCUUACAAUCCGAAGUUGGACGUAAAACUUUCAACUCCACUCCAGAAAUAUGAUCAGGAUGAUGAAGAACCUGGCCAAGGCCCUAGAAAUAAUAUUGAUCAUCUAGUAGAAAGACUGAAAAAAGUACAUGUUGAGUUCAUGGAAAAAUCAAACGACUAUGACAAAAUCCACAACGAGGUUGUCCAGUCAGAGCAGGAAAUAACAGACUAUCACGAAGAACUUGAUGCCCACCGUGAAAUUGUUAAAAUGAUCGAUGACCAAAUUAUUCUGCACGAGUCGUAUCAAAAGGAAGCUCCUCCUCAAAACAGAGCAAUACUUCGUCAAAACUACGAGUUAUUAAAGCACAAAAAGCAAGAGGCAAAAGGUAUCCUGGUUACUCUUGAAAAAGAAAUUGCCAACAUGACUGAGAAGACCCGUGUUCUAAACAAGCGCAUGAACAGCAUCAAGCCAGAGAUUAUAAAGCUACAGAGAAGCAAACAACAAUACUAUCUGGUUCUCACAACAGACAAGGGAAUGGAAAUAGAGAAAGUAAAGGAAAAAAUCGGCGAAGAUUCUCCUUACAGAGGAACUGAACGAAUUCGGAAUGCUUUUGAGCAGGAUGGUUUACAAAACGGCAACUCCCAAGAGGACAUCUAUGAUGUGCCUGAUAUAGACCUCUCUGAACCGCAGUGGCUACUUGGGAUACUUGACAGGACUGAGGCUGAAGCGCUCUUGAAAGACAAAGUCGACGGUACUUUCAUGAUCAGAGAAAGUAAUCGGCGGCCCGGGGAAUGGGCUGUCGCCCUCAAGCACAGAGGUUGUGUGAAGCACAUUGAAGUAAAGCGAGGUCCGGAAGGCUGCUUUGGUUUCGCGGUGAAUUACACCACGUAUCCAACGUUGGUUGAUUUAGUGCGGCAUUAUCACGAGAACACGCUACAGGUUCAUAAUCCCGAACUCGAUACAACCCUUAAAUUCCCCCUGGGGAGUUUUGUGGGGAGGAACUAGUAGAAAUUUCACUUGAAGCUUUGUGUUCCGUGCAAUCUUGGUCCAAGCGAAGAAGGCUUGUCCAGGGUGGGGUAACAAGGGAAGUUCCUUGUUUCCUAGGGAAUUUCUUAGUUCCCGAUGGGAAGUUCCUUGUAGUAUAAACUUGUUAUUGUAAUUUAUUUUUCUUUGCGCUAUUGUGUAGAAAUCAUUUAUAUAUUAAGAUUUAUUUUCAUUGAUAAAUACUUUUUAUUUCAAGAAAAUUGUCUCGGUAACUUGUAAGUUCGUUAGGCGCGUUGUCCGGAAAUUACUUCUCGAAAGUUUAAUAAAAUAUCCUCCCUACCAACUCUAUAUUUACUCGGAAGGCAGAGUAGAGUUUAACGUUUCCUUACUUGUAAGUAAAAUAGGCAAGAGUUAUCAAUUAGCCUGUGUACAUCCGCCCCUCCCCGCCAAAGAAUUGGCGUCAGAGGUCUUUCUCCCCAAUUUUUUUGAGGCGAGCGGCGGAUUUACACAGGCUAUUAUCAAUUAGUAAUUGUUCGAAUCCUUCGCGAUCUUUUCCAAUCUUUAUAAUCACCGUUCCCUUUGUUAAUUACGUUAAUAGACUACUAUUUUAAGAUAUAUUUUGAUUUGAAUUAGUUUUUGUAAAUCACCAGAAAAAAAAAAUGAUGCAACCCUAUAACACUGUAGGCUCGACUUCCAGUCCCCACCCCUUCCCCCUGAGGAACAAAACAAAUUGAGCCUAACCUUCUAGCUGUUGUAUUAAUGUUCGAGACCUAAAAGAUGGGGAUAAAAUAGUUUAUAGAUAUCGCUUGCUUGGGCAAUUUAACUUUAUUGCGUAAAGAUUAGGUGAGAAAUUAAUACUUCAGUAUUCAUUGGCAUUAGAAGCUAUGGUCAUUUUGUGCUACUGUGUCAUGCAAGGUUUUUUCUAAUGAAAGAUCUCCUUGCCUUGUGUUUGAUACCUGUUAGGUCAAGCAUAGCAAAGGUUCAAUUCUGGGAGUGAUAAUAAAUUAUUAUUUUUGA